GCGUAACGUGACUCCGUACACUGUGUACGGAAGUGCCAGCGCCGAUCCUCCCGCCGACAGACGGCUAGCGCCUCGUACUCGAACUUUAGGGAUUAAAUGUGACUUGUUGCUGGGUCACAGGCAGCCGCACCGGUCGGUGUUUCACAGGUAUGUCUUCGUGAUGGGUCUCCGCCGGAGGAAGCAGAGGACAACGUGGCAAUAAAAGCUUGCGCCGCGUCAGAGGAAGUCCACGAUGAGCUCCCAGGACGCGCUGAAGAACGCGUCCACUCUGGCGUCGUACAGUGUGUUGUUACAGGUCUUGUUCCGUGUGCUCACCUUCCUGCUGAACGCGUUCACACUGCGGUUCGUGUCCAAAGAGCUGAUUGGGGUCGUCAAUGUCAGGCUCACGCUACUGUACUCCACAUUAGUGUUUCUAUCCAGAGAGGCCUUCCGGAGAGCAUGUCUGAGCGGGGGAUCUGGGACAAGCCACAGCUGGAGACAAGUUAUCAACCUGCUAUGGCUGACGCUGCCUCUCGGUGUGUGUUGGGCAGCGCUGCUGGCCUGCGUGUGGCUGUGGCUCCUGGAGGUCCCGGAUCCCCGGAGCGUCCCGUACUACGGCCCUGCGGUGGUGUUGUUUGCCCUGGCAGGAGUGCAGGAGCUCCUGGCCGAGCCCCUCUGGGUGCUGGCCCAGGCUCACAUGUUUGUCCGCCUGAAGGUGGUGGCUGAGAGCCUAGCCAUGAUCGCUAAGUGCAGUAUGACUGUGGUGCUGGUGGUGUCGGCCCGUGAAUGGGGCCUGUACAUCUUCUCUGCUGCUCAUUUGGUGUACACGGGGUUCCUGGUGCUGUGCUAUGCCGUUUACUUUAUCCGUUUCCUGGGCUCUGAAGAAGCAAACAAGAAGAGUUUUCCUCUGAACCGUGUUGGAGAUCUCUUGCCCUGUAGAGCAGCUGGAGAGCCACUGGUUGAUUGGACUCUCGCCCGGCUCACAUGGAGCUUCUUCAAGCAGUCCUUCCUGAAGCAGAUCCUGACGGAGGGUGAGCGUUACGUCAUGACCUUCUUGAACGUUCUCAGCUUUGGAGACCAGGGCAUUUAUGAUAUUGUCAAUAAUCUGGGCUCCAUGGUGGCGCGCUUCAUCUUCCUGCCCAUCGAGGAAAGCUUCUACAUCUUCUUUGCCAAAGUGCUGGAGAGAGGACGUGCCGUCAAAAGUCAGAAACAGGAAGACAUUGCCAUUGCAGCAGAUGUCCUGGAGUGUCUGCUGAAACUGGUGUUGGUGAUCGGCCUGAUUAUCACAGUGUUUGGCUAUGCCUUCUCUCACUUGGCUCUGGACAUCUAUGGAGGCUCUCUGCUGAGCAGUGGAACAGGGCCGACUUUGCUGCGAUGCUACAGCUGCUACGUCCUCCUUCUCGCUGUAAAUGGUAUAACCGAGUGUUUUGUAUUUGCUGCCAUGAGCCAAGCAGAGGUUGACAAGUACAACCUGGUGAUGCUGGCUCUGUCCGUGUCCUUCCUCUUCUUGUCCUACUGGCUGACCUGGUGGGCCGGCAGUGUUGGAUUCAUACUUGCAAAUUGCCUUAACAUGGGCCUCCGCAUCUUACACAGCCUGCUGUACAUACACCACUACUUCCAGUUCAGUCAGUGGAAACCACUGCGAGGCCUCUUGCCCUCCCCGCUCCUACUACUGGCACUUGCUGUCAGUGGAGUUGUCACUGCAGUUUCCGAGAGUGUUUUCUGCUGUGACAGCGGCUGGUUACUGAGGCUGGUCCAUAUUGCCGUGGGAGCAGUGAGUCUUCUUGGUGUGCUUGUAGCUGUUCUUCUCACAGAGACUCGGCUUAUUGGGUUUGUGAGAACUCAGCUCCUGCCCCAGUACCGAAAGAAACACACGUAACUUUGACUAAAAAUGGAAGAAAACUUCUGCUCUGCUACAACCUGCAGUCUAAAAGCUACUAACGGACAUUUGUUGCCGGUGUGAGAGCAACGAGGAAACAACUUUUUUAUAGAUCUCUUUUGUGUGUGUGUGUGUGUGUGUGUGUGUGUGUGUGUGUGUGUGUGUGUGUGUGUGUGUGUAUGCGUUUGUAUGUGUGUGCAUUUUCACUGAAACCUUCCUGUGAUGGUGGAAGAAUGAAGGUUCUAAUUGUGGGUGAAAAAGAAGAUUAAUGUUUUUUAAGGUGAACUGAAAUUGUUACAGGAAAAUGCUGUGCUACACAAAUAAAACUGGACAAUUUAGUUUGCUCAAAAAAAA